AUGGCUGAGCUCGUCACGCGUAGGUGUAAUACCUUGGGCUGUCCGAGAUUUCUGCGGCGCCGCUCCGGCGCGCCCACGCCGUCCACCUAUUGCGGCGGUCCAGGUGGAAUAUUCUCCUUCACGCUCGACAUCGAGGAUGAGAAGAUCGGUCUACUGCAGACGACGCGGGAGCUGCGCGUAACCGUCGUGGCUUACAGUCCCCUCGGGAGAGGCUUGCUCACCGGCAGAUAUAAAUCUCCCGAUGACUUUCACGAGGGCGACUUGAGACGAUACGUCCCCAGGUACUCGGAAGAAAACUUCCCCAAUAUCCUUAAGCUUGUCGAUGGCUUGGAGGCUAUUGGUGAGCGCCACGGCGCGACCGCGGGGCAAGUGGCUCUCGCCUGGCUGCUCGCCCAGGGCAACGACAUCAUUCCCAUCCCGGGGACAAAGUCCGUGAAGUAUCUGAAGGAGACCCUCGGCGCCGCGUCCUUCAAGCUGACGCCCGAGGAGAUCGCAGAGGUCCGCGCCGCGGCGGUGGGGAGAAAGCGGACGCUGCCAAAGGAGAGCGGUACCAGCCCCGGAUGAUCGCGUCGCUGUUCCCGGAUACUCCGCCCGCGCAGAAGUAGGCGGAAAACAGGCUUAGAGGGCAUGUGCUAAAUGGUACGCCGCUCGGAGCUAAUGCACGUCCCUUCCCCUGGUCGUAGCACCCUUAGUCGAAAUUCCAAGUAUAAAC